AUGUAUGUGAUUGGUCCAUUGAUUACGUCAAUCGAAUGGCAUUGUUUAUUUUGUUAUUGCGCCGUCUACAGCGAGAUGCCGUCAAUAGAUAUAUCUGUACUGUAUCGCUUGAAAAAUCUGAACAAUCACAAUAUCAUAUCAGUAUACAAAGAUCAAUUUAAGAUUGGUCGUGCUGAAACGAAUGAUUUAUCUAUUGCAAAUAAUCGAUAUGUUUCGUCUUCGCACUGUGUUUUUGAAUAUGAUCAUGGUCAUCUGUAUCUACGCGAUACGAGUUCGAAUGGAACAUUAAUUAAUCGAUCGACUAAAGUAACAAAAAGUGAUCCUCGUGUAGAACUUCACACGAAUGAUACUGUUCAUCUAGUGUUCCGAAAAGAUGAUAUAGAAUCAAAUGUUGCCUUUCAAGUCGAUUUACUAGUCAUAAAUGCAAUAGAGGAACAGACAGAUAAAGAAUUAUGUCUGCAUGAUGAAGAUACGCAAAUGAUGUCGUACCCAUCAAUCCCUCCAAUAUCUCCUAAUCUUACACAAGAAAAUACUGAUCUAUCGAUUCUAUUAAAUACGAGUUCAGAUGUUGAAAUGAAGCCGACGACAACAAAAAAAGAACCAAAACAAGAAUUCGCUAUGGACGCUGGUGACGACAUGGAAGACGUUCUAACAUGUGUGUGCUGCCAAGAUAUUAUGACAAAUCCAGUUAGUCUCGAACCGUGUCUUCAUGCAUUCUGUAGUGAUUGUUAUGAAUCAUGGGAAGCAGUGCAACGUACAUGUCCGAAGUGUCGCGUUAAAGUGACCGGCAAGAAGAAAAAUUUUGUUAUCAAUGGAAUCUUGGACGCUUAUCUGAAAGCACAUCCUAACAAACGACCAGCACCAAAAGAACCAGAUGAAGAUACUGAGAAAGCGAAAAGGUUAAAAAAUGAUAAACAUGAGGUCGGUCCUGAUGGUAUGUAUUUAUAUAACACUCAAUAUGAUGACGGCGGUGACGAUGAAGAUGAGGAUGAAGAUAAUGAAGAAGAUGAAGUGGAAGACGAGGACGACGCUGACGACGACGAUGAUGAUGAUGAUAAUGGAAAUCAUUAUCCUGUAUUUGCUCCCGUGUUUGUUCCGCCACCACUUCCUCCCCCUGUUGCUAAUGUAAGGUUUGCUUGCCGACAAUGUCCUCAAGGUGUCAUAGCGUACGCAGCAACGCCUGGUUUUCAAUGUCCACCAAACCAAAAUCAUAUUCUUUGCCAGUGUUGUCUUCUACCAAUGCCAGAUCGACGAGAUGAAGCUGAUAUACAUCAACAUUGUGAAGUGUGUCAUCAAUUCUUUUGUAAUAUUUAUUUUCAACAAUGUCAACGAAAUGGAUGUCUUGGUUGUUUAAAUCGAUUGAGAGAUUUCAAUUUUUCUCCUCGUCACCUUACUAAUCUUAUCAUUGAAAAUCCGGUCGAAUCACAAAUUGUUCAAGAUUACCUAACAACAAAUCGAAAAACAAUGCGUGAUCUACUUGUUGAAUGCUGUGAUCGUCUCGAUCGAGGUGAAUUCACUUGUCGCGGUAUCGAUCGUAAUGCUGCUAUUCCGUCCUCAAAGAUAACCUGUUAUAAAUGUGGUUUGAAAAUGUUCAAAGACUUGGCUUAUCAAUUUCGUGUGCAUAUGAAACAAGACGAUAUCACUCCUGCACUAAUGCGUAAUCGUAAUAACUGUUAUUACGGUCGAGAGUGUCGUACUCAGCAUACCAAACUACAACACGCCCAAAAUUUUAAUCAUGCCUGUGAUCAAACGAAAUUUUAA